AUGGAUCACAGCGGCGAUUCUGGGAGUCAGACCUCCUGGGGUGAUGCAGGCCCAGGAAGUUCCUUCAAAUCGUGGGAGUCUGCCCUCUUCUUAGACGACGAGAACCGGAAAUUUCUGGGCAAAUUCAAAGACCCUGGAAGGGUGGACGGAACGGCGGCUUACCUGAUCUGCAGCGCUAAGCCUGAUACAGAGCCCUGGAUGGGGUUUUCUAUCAGAUUUCUUCUCGGUCGAAGUAAUGAUGAUGACGGCUUUGGCAUACGCUACCGAGCAAAUCGUACAUAUGGAACCCCAACUGUUUUGCGACAAUACCGGCUUUUUGUCAAGCUCCCUCAUGGGGGUUUCACCUACACGGCCGAGGCCACCCCCAAAGGCCACACCCUACAUGGGCGAGUCUGGAAGAAGAAAAUCGAGUUUACACUGCUCAAAGUGUCACUCGAGAAAGGUUUCCACGCAAAGAUCGAUGGAUACUGCAUGCCGUUCGCCAACCCUAACAAUGUGGCAGACCCGUGGUUCAACGACAAUGCGCCCAUCGCCGGUUCCAAGCCUCUGAGAGAACUUCUCGAGCAAAGGGAAUUCACCAUUCUUGUCUGCGCAACUCACAAAGAAAUAAUCUCGAAGUGGCAUGAGAAUAUUCUCCCACCCCCUUUCAGCUAUCCUUACGGAAGGCAGCAUGCUUGGAAUAUGCAUAGGUAUCAAGCCAUGAUCCCAUGGGCACAAGGUCACCAGUUCGAGCCAGCAUGGUCCUUUCACGACGACAACUCACACUUGGCCGCUCUCACUCAAUCACAAGUCCAGGGCGCUGUGUGGCCUCGCAAUUCCGCGGACAGCAUUGCCACACUCGAGCUUUCCGCGUUGUUCAUUUAUGCCAGAAUGGACGCAUCGGAAUCGACAUACUAUGUCAUUGUUCCAAUCAAGAAACACUACAAUCCUGACACCCGGUCAGCUUGGCAACAUCUCUCUCAGCACCCAGUUUUACAGCUAUGCCUAUGUGACGAUCCCAAGGCGGUUGAGUGGGAAGCCAGAAUUGUGCACCAUCCUCAUAGUAUCAACGCGAUUAAGACGGCUAAAUUUGGUGAUUUCUAUCUAUUCAACCCACCAACAGCAGACUGCGAGCGAAAGGUCGAUGCGGUCUGUCAAUUUCACCCCAAAGCAAUGCCAUCCAACCCUAUGGCCGUUGGCUUACGAACUGACGCGAGCGGUCAACUCCUGCAGGCCAUACCGAUGGACCUUCAAUUGAAGAUGAGUUACCAUCGAGAUCCUCUACGUGGCACUGGCUUCCACCCUACCAUGCGUCAACAGGGCACAGGGGUGCUACAAGAUGCCAAUUACUACCAUUGGGCCCUGCCCGCAGUUGAUAUCUUGGAUGGUAUUGAUAAAACUCACGUUGACGCCAUGAUGGAGGUGCCCCUGGCUGAUCGACCUCGUCUGCGAAAUUACCUUGGUAAGAGACCGCUCGGGCUCGGCAUGAUCACUGGAGCGCCUGGAUGCGGAAAAACGACUGCACUGGCUGUCAGCGCCCUUGCACUAACAAGCAGCGUUGGUAGAGUCUAUUGCAGUGCUCCGUCGGAUGUGAUCGUGGACAACUUUGCCUUUCGACUCGAUUAA